AUGGGCUCUGCUUGUUGCUGUUUGAGGGAUGAAUGUGAAGACUUAGCUAAUCCAAACAGCUCCAUUUAUAGGAACUGCAUAUGCCUCCGUUGCUUCAUUCAGAAUUUCAUGCAUAUGUACGUUUCACUAUUUCACAGAGGCGAAGACCACCACGCUUUAACCUCAUCCAAUCAGGGCACGACACCUGUGACUCCCAUGACCUCCCUCGACAAUUCCCUUGCUGACAUGUACCGUUCGCCCCCGAGGCCCCUCCCAUAUGAUGCAGACACUAGAUAUUUUCGCCUGCAGCGUGGGCUCGUCUCACGACGAGACAAAGGUUCGAGCCAUUCGCACGACGAGACCGAACCACUAAGGACAAUAGAGGCUGAUGAUGACGAGUCAGAAUCUUUCGGUGGCAAAAAUAAGAAGUGGAAUGAGUUUAUGCGUGAUGAAGAUGAAUCAAAAGAGUAUAACUCGAGGUUGUCGAUCAAGCUUUCGUCGGCCAAGGGUACAACAGGGUUUUCUCAUAUUUAUACUUCCUCGGACGAUGAAGAUGUUUGCCCCACAUGUCUUGAAGAAUAUACCGUGGAGAAUCCAAAAAUUAAUACAAAAUGUUGUCACCAUUUCCAUCUUGGUUGUAUAUACGAGUGGAUGGAAAGAAGUGAUAACUGUCCAGUCUGUGGCCAGGUGAUGGCAUUUGACGAGACGCCUUGA